GCGAAAAAUGUAUUACUAGGGACGGCAAGAGACGAGAAGGGGAAGAUGGAACAUGGUCAGAGAAGACAAGGAGAUGGCGGAAUCUCGUGCUUUAAAGCGCUUUUUGGGAUGCAGAUGUUGUGGGUGGAGUGAGAGAAGGCAAAUCAGCAAACGGGGGUAACAAUUUUUCUGUUUGGUUGCAACAUCCCCGAAGGAAUUAGCAGAGCGGUGUUAUGGAGGAAAACUAAAGAAAGGGAAAGCUUGUUCACUCUUACCGGAUCCUGUUUCUGAGUCUUCAGUCCAUCGAUACUCCAUUCCCCUUUGGACUCUAAGUCCUGCUGCCAUAUCCUUUCCAAACUUGAACCAUCAUGGAAAAAGGGAGGGUUGGUAGUGCCACCAACGAUGAUGCGUUGGAGAAGGCUGGAGAUCUUUCAGUCAAUGGCUCUGAAAGCAUGCAUCAAAAGCUCGUGGAUGCAGAUGAGAGCAAGAGCUGGAAGGCAAGGCUUUCUGGGUUGUUUCCCUCCUUCACAAGCAAGCCUAAAACACACAAGGCCAACUCCUCUGCAGCGUCUGAGUCGUCGUCGGGCACGAAGAAGAGCGAAUAUUCGAGGAGAGUGCAGGAGCUGCGCGAGCUUGUAAGACAACAGAAGCUAGAAGUGAAACCGUUGUGGAAUAGAGACGAAGAUGAUCUCGACUUCCAGGAGGCAAUUUGGUGCUCUGAAGAUUAUGAGUAUGAGGAAUCUCACGAAUCGGGUGGAGGUGAAAAGCACGCAGCUUCAUCGACAUCGCAUGCGGAUGAUGAUGAACCGAGGCAAGCGCCGACAGCGAACUUCAUCUCCAUGUAUGGAGUUCACGUUAACAGAUGGUGGGUUGAGACAAGUCGGAUCAUGCUAGCGAUUACGUUCAUCUUGGUCGGCCUCCUUUCCUUCCUCUCGCUACAACUUGUCAUUCAGAAGCAAUAUGGGGAACAUGUGCUUGCAUGGGCGAUAGGAGCUGUCUUUGUGGCCGUCUCUGUUCCGAUCUCUCUUCAUGACAUUCACAUGCACAUCUUGCAUUACGUUUCUCCUUUACAAAGACAUUACAUCCGCAUCUUAUGGAUGGUGCCUAUCUACUCAAUUGAGUCCUGGCUCGCAUUGAGAUUCAACGACCACAAACUCAUCAUGGAGACUCUUCGAGAAGCUUACGAGGCUUAUGUCGUCUACUCCUUUUUCCGCUUGUUGCUUGAAUUCAUGGGACCACCCGAUAUUGCCCUGGCAAAAUAUGUGUUCAUCAGGACCCUUGUCGCUGUCAUGGUCAUAAUCUUUCAACAAUACGACAUGUAUGGAGAAGGACAUUUCUCGGUGGACAAAGCCUAUGUCUGGACGCUGAUCAUCAUCAACUGCUCUCAGUGCUGGGCACUUUAUUGCCUAGUUGUCUUCUACAUCGAACUCAAAAAGGAGCUCAUGUCUCUCAAUCCUCUCGGAAAGUUCCUGGUUGUCAAGGCUGUCGUCUUCUUCUCUUGGUGGCAGCAAAUCAUCGUCACCUUCCUUGUCGAGGUUGACAUGAUCCCACCAGUCUUGGAAUACACGUCCGAAGACGUUGCGAAAGGACUCCAGAACCUUCUCGUUGUGAUCGAGAUGUUCGUGUACGCCAUCUGCCUGCAUGCUUUCUUCCCAUACACCGAUUUUCGUGCAGGUGGACCUCUCUCAAAGUACCUCGAUCAGUCGCACGCCCUGCUCAAAGGGCCAAGGGCAGCGAUCGUCGACAUGCUCCCGACCGACAUCAUGCAAGAGGGCAAACAGUACCUUGCCAAGACGAAGAAGACGAUUGUCCGCAAGGUCUUGAAGCAGGAGAAGAGCGUACAGGCUCAUGCAGCGAAGGCAAAUCGAACGCAGAACAUUGAGAUCCACGACUCGACAAGCACCACAACCAUCAUCACCAUCGAGUCGCAGCCCUCGAGCGAGAGCGUGGACCAUGUCAAGGAAACGACCGAUGAAGGGGAGCACAAGCCAGGUCACGCUCGACCGACCCUCCAGCAGCUGCGGGCUGAACUACUUGGCAAGCCUCCUAAGUGACACUGGAUGGGAAGGAUGUAAUUUGAGCCAAAGGCAGUCUUUUGUGCAUAUGUAAUAAACGAUGAAUUGCGAUC